CACUUGAACGUGGCUAUGUUGAUAGCUCAAAAUAUUUAUUUGUAAUAUUUACAGCCAUGUUUGUUGUUGUAUUUCGUCUCGCGUCAUUACUUUAUUGCGGUAAAAAUUGUAUUUUACAUGCUGACAAGAAAAAAAUCCAAAAAGCUGUAAGUUAUAUAUUAGAUAAUGCUGAAGACGAGCUUAUUAAAGCCUUAAGUAAAAAU